AAAAGAAAUAAAGAGAGUAAAAAGAAUGAUCUUAAUCAGGAUUACGGAAACAUUCCUUGACUCUUCACUCAUUAAUGUUUAGUCUUCAGUUAAUUGUGGGAUUCAUAUAAGAGAAGAAAUCGAAAACUAGUUGACGCUUUUUUUUUACUGUAAACAAUUAACAACUGUAUGGAUGAUGUUACUUCUCUGUUAAACAUUCUGAAAGGCCCUCAAAGAUGAGACAGAAACUAUCACGCCGAAGACGGCACCAGAAGCUUAAGCUUUAUGGCAUUAAUGCUCUCAGCAGUGAAAAAAAAAGCAAAAAUAAAACUAUUUCCUGCUUCUGUGAUGACUGCCUAAAUUCCUCUUGUCAAACCUCAACUGUUUGUUUUUCUUCCAUCACUCGUGAGCGAAAUGGGGAGUUAAUCCAUCAAAAAGGUUGCACUGAACGACCAGAACUGCUUAGUUGCAACCCAAGUCGAAGUGUCACGUAUUUAAUUAAAUGCUGCAAUGAAAGUUGGUGCAACACCAAUAUGACCCUUUCACUAUCUCCUGAACCUACUCCAGCAACAGUAAAGAAUCCUUCACUUGUGCUUCUAUUAAGCAUCCUCAUACUUAUUGCUCUGUUUAAUGCUGCAAUACUGGCUUUCAUUGCUUAUAUUCGAUGGAAGCACAAAUGUCGAAUGGAGGAUUUUGGUGCACGAGAACCAUGCCUUUUAGAAGAUAGUGAACGUAAAGCUAGCAAGGAUGAGAAGGGUUCACUGAAGGAGCUUUAUGAACAAUCAGUAACAUCUGGAAGUGGAUCUGGUUUGCCUUUUCUUGUUCAAAGUACUGUAGCCAGACAAGUCAUGAUGGUUGAAAUGAUUGGUAAAGGACGAUAUGGAGAAGUGUGGAAAGGAACCUAUCAUGGUGAAGUUGUUGCUGUCAAGACAUUUUCUUCUCGAGAUGAAGCCAGCUGGGAUCGUGAAACUGAAAUUUAUAACACCGUUUUACUACGUCAUGAUAAUAUUCUUGGAUACUUAGCAUCAGACAUGACCAGUCGUAAUUCAUGCACUCAGCUAUGGCUCAUCAUGCACUACCAUGUCAAUGGCUCCCUCUAUGACUACUUACAGAGAGUAGUUUUAAACCAUCAGUCGAUGCUACUUCUGGCUUAUUCAGCAGCAGCAGGUCUCGUUCACCUUCAUUCAGAAAUUCUUGGAAAACAAGGAAAGCCUGCUAUUGCACACCGGGAUAUUAAAUCAAAGAAUAUCCUGGUCAAAAAAGAUGGUUCCUGUUGCAUUGGUGAUCUUGGACUUGCUGUCAUACACAGUCAAACAACGAACACCUUAGAUCUUGGAAACAACACCAAGGUGGGGACAAAACGUUACAUGGCACCCGAGGUCCUUGAUGAUCAUUUGAACACUUAUCUAUUUGAGUCAUUCAAAUGUAUUGAUGUGUAUGCCUUUGGUCUGGUUCUCUGGGAAAUAACACGCCGUUGUGCUCUUGGAGGUAUUUCUGAAGAAUACAAGCCACCAUUUUGGGAUGUUGUUCCAAGUGAUCCCAGUUUUGAGGAUAUGAGAAAAGUAGUUUCUGUUGAUCAGCAACGACCCAUAAUUCCAAACAGAUGGACUACUGAUCCUAUUCUCAACCAGAUGGGCAAAUUAAUGAAAGAGUGCUGGCGCCAUGAACCCAAAGCCAGACUGUCAAUGCUGCGUGUUAAGAAGAAUUUACAGCGUUAUAUGGAUAGACCUGAAGAUGACAAUUAAUUACAAUAAAUAAGACUUUCCAGUAUAACACUUGUCAGAGACUUAACAGCUGUGUACUAUAGAGAGGCAGAUUCUGCACACACUAUCAUUACUGACAUGUGUACGAGUGUGUAUGCACUUACGCUUACAUUUUUACAAACAAAAAUAUGAAUUCAUAUACACUCUCUGUGAGUAUACAUAUGUAUGAAUACAUGAGUGAAAGAGAGUGUAUGUGUGUGCACAUA